AAAAAAAACCAGACCUCAUGGCUGAAGUAUUCAUUGGCUUACGUGUCUCUCUCGCACUUCAUUCGGGAGUCUUAAUCGAUGGCACAGUUGCGCACAUUGAGCCGAGUACACACCAGAUGACACUUCAUGAUGUUAGCCUGAUGUUUGCUGGCCAACCAGCCCUAAAAACACCCAUCUACGGAGUAAUUGGUAGCGACAUAAAAGACCUACAAGUGAUAUCCAGGCACGAAGCAGCUCCCCCUUCUACACAACCCCCUGUUGUCACCAAAAGUACCAACCCACACCAGUCCAGGAGCGUAGAAACAUCGGCACCACCACCUAAACCAGAAGUACAUAUAGAACAAGCCACAGAAGCACGUAAAAAGAAUAAUGAGCCUAGUCAGUCAGUUUCCAAUACACCAAGACGAACCAAAAAAUCUAAUUGCAGGCCUGAGAAAGACAACGGUUGGGCUGAAGAGGAUGUAGAAGGAUUUAGAAAGAAAGAAUUUGAUUUCCAGGCAAAUCUCAAUAUGUUUGAUAAAGAAAAGGUGUUUGCGGAAAUCAGGGAAUCUGAUGACACAGCCUCGGAUACCUUGCUGGUAACGCUGAAUCGAUUGCCACAAAGAGAGAAAGUUCAACAAAAAAUCAACUUACUGAAUACCGAAAUGGUACUCGAUCCAGCUCCAUCCGCUUCUUCUUAUAAAGAUAGUGAUACAGAUGAGAAUACCAGUAACUCGCAAAGUUCAGAUCUUGGUGAAGACGUAAACGAAAUCAAUGCAUCUUUACAAAAAGGCCCUCCUUCAAUCGUUACUGUAAAUGGAAAGAUUAUCUGUCCUAAAAUCCCACGCAAUAAGCUUUGGCUUAUUGAAAAGACUGCUGAAAGGGGAGUUGGACCUGUCUCAAGCGAGCAAUUGGUCGAGAAUGGUGGUCGUAGUGCAUGUCUAUUAGCACUCCAAGCCAUGGGUAAUAAAUAUGUCCAGUCUUCAAAGCGUGUACCAGUAGCUGUUAUAUUGGUAGGAAAUAACAGUACUGGUGCAUCUGGAUUGGCCGCUGCACGUCAUCUUUUGAACCGUGGCUACAAAGUGUUUGUAAACGUGUUUAUUUCGGGAGAAUUACAUAGUUUAUUGGAUAAGCAGCUGGAUAUGCUCUCUGCAAUGGGUGCUCAUAUUAUGCAAGCUACAGCUUUGCCAACCCAGUGUGCACGCGCAGACAUUAUAGUGGACGCUUUGAUGGGAACCAGUGACACUGCUUAUAACACAAGUACUUACCCAUAUCCUAGUAUGUCGUUGGCUAUUGACUGGGCCAAUGCUCAUUCUGCACCUAUCAUGAGCCUAGGAUUUCCUUCGAUUAUUAAUGAAAAACCAGGGUAUCCUGCGAAUAGUAUAAUCCCAAAAUGGACCCUCUGCUUAGGUGCCCCUAUCACAGAGUGUGUAUCUCCAACUGUGACAGGUGAACUAUAUAUGGCUGAUGUUGGCAUUCCCCACGCUUGUUGGAAGCAAAUUGAUGUGAAAAUUGGAAAUAUACCAUGGGGAGCAGAGUUCUUGAUACCUUUGGAGUAUAAAUAUGUCUAAUUAAGACACUUGAGAAUCUGAAUAUAUCUUAAAAGAUAAAGGUUCCCCCUACUCUAAUAACUUUGGUUUGCUCUUUUGUUUAUUUAUUACAAUCGUAACAUACUUUGAUAAACACAGUAAUAAUUAUAAUAAAGCAAUCAUUUAACUGAUAUUUUCUCAACAUU